AUGGGACCCAAACAGAAAGGUGGGCAAAAGCCCAAACAGAAUACGGCGGAGGAAGUGGAAGAGACCUUCCAGGCUGUGGUCCUUGCAGAUACCUUCGAGACGAGAUUCGAGCCUUUUACCCGUGACAAGCCUCGCUGCCUUCUGCCGCUCGCGAAUACUCCGUUGAUCGAAUACACACUUGAGUUUUUGGCCAAUGCAGGCGUGGAGGAAGUCUUUCUCUAUGGAGGAGCGCACUCGGAUCAACUGGAGAAAUACAUCAACGCAUCAAAAUGGAGGGCUUCCUCUUCUCCAUUCAAGCAACUAACCUUCUUAAAAUCGACCUCUACCUCCGUCGGCGACGUUAUGCGCGACCUGGACGGCAAGCAUCUCAUUACUGGAGACUUCAUUGUCGUAAGCGGCGACGUGAUCAGCAACCUUCCCAUCGAGGGCGCAUUGGCCCAGCACCGAGCCCGCCGAGAAACCGAUAAGAAUGCGAUUAUGACCAUGGUCCUACGGGAGGCUGGCCUACAGCACAGGACUAAGUCCACUUCGGUUUCACCAGUCUUUGUCAUUGACCCCACCAAGGACCGCUGUCUCCACUACGAAGAAAUCGACCGCCAUGCAGAUGGAGAGGAGCUGUCUCGCCUGAACAUUGAUUCCGAGAUCAUCCUCAAGAACCCUGAGCUGGAUAUUCGCCAAGACCUAAUCGACUGCAGCAUCGAUAUCUGCACCCCAGACGUACUGAGCCUGUGGUCUGAUAGUUUCGAUUACCAAUCGCCACGCAAGCACUACCUGUACGGUGUCUUGAAAGAUUACGAGCUGAACGGCAAGACGCUACACACAUACAUCAUCAAGGACCACUACGCCGCCCGCGUGCGCAACCUGAAGGCGUACGAUGCCAUUAGCAAGGACAUCCUCUCACGCUGGACCUACCCCUUGUGCCCGGAUACGAACUUGCUCCCUGGUCACACAUACACCCUCCGCAAGGGCAGCAUGUACCAAGAAACCGGGGUGACCCUGGCACGCUCUUGCGUGGUCGGGCGCCGCACAGUUAUCGGAAAAGGAACGAGCAUUGGAGACCGGGCCGAGGUUCAUAACUCCGUACUCGGCCGGAACUGCAAGAUCGGUCGCAACGUCAAACUGGAUGGCGCAUAUAUUUGGGAUGAUGUCGUGAUCGGUGAUAAUACAGUCGUUCGUGGGGCGAUCAUCGCGGAUGGUGUGGUCAUUGGCAAAGAUUGUACUGUUGCGGCAGGUGCACUUUUAUCUUAUGGUGUCAAAAUUUCAGAUGGCAUCUCGGUGGAGAGCGGAAAGCGCAUCACGAAAACUCGGAACGACGGAAGCGUGGGGAAGAACGACCCCAAAGUGGUGGGUGAAGAAGGCGAGGGCUAUGAAUUCGUUCAUGGUGAGGAUGAGGAAGAUGAUGAAGAUGAUGUGAGCGUUGCCUCAUCAGGACUUGUGUACCGCAUGCCUCAUCUUUCACUUUCUUCCGCCUCCAUCUCGACACUGUCAUCCGAGAUCUCAAAUACCUCUUGGGCCCACUCCGAACGCAGUAGUUUCUCUGCAGACGAGGAAUCGGAUAACUUCCAUCACGACGCAUCAGUCAGCUUGUUCGACAGUCUACGCGAAGGCGUCGCGGCAGAUGUGGUCUCGCUGGAGCUAGUCACUCUGCGCAUGACCGCCAACGCCUCGGACACCCAGGUCCGCCGCGCUAUUGUAUCAGCCUUUAUGAAGCAUAUCCAGCAGCUUAUGGAGAACGGCAAGAGUGCCGGACAGGCAGUCCAGGGCGUGUUUACGGCAUACAAGGAAGUCGUCGAGCGCACUCUGUUCGACCGCAACAAGGAACAAAAGAAGGAUCAGAUUGAUCUGCUACUACUUCUCCAACAGGACCUUAUCCACCGCAGCAAGGGCGACAUGGUCCUCCUGUUCACUGCCAAGUCGCUGUACGAGCUUGAGAUUGUUGACGAGGAAGCUUACGAUCAGUGGUGGAAUGACGAACGCUCUAGUCAGACUGAAGAGAUGCGGACUGUUCGCAAUCAGACGAAGCAAUUUGUUGAUUGGUUAGCUGAGGCUGAGGAGGAAGAGAGCAGCGAGGAGGAGUCCGAGGAAGAAUCUGAUGAUGACCCAACCAAGACAAACAGGGCUGGCGCUAGAAAGGCGGCUGAGGCGGCGAUUACGGCCAAGGACGAACCACUGCCGAAAGCCGCCCACGGCUCCCGACUCGCCACUCUUGCGUUCUCCGAUCGACAGCCACGCCACGAGACAGCAACUAAGACAGAGACGACUGACAAAUCACCUACGGCCAGUUUCAACGGUCAAGUAGACAGACCCUCCGCGACGUCGGCGUCUACGGCUGCCAGCAUGGACUCCGACGACGAGUGCAUGAGUGACGUAUCCAGUCAAGAGGAUUUCCUGGGUACCCAGGGAUCCGAAGAUGAGAGCUUGGGUGAAGACUUCGAUGAUCUCGAUACCGGGUUUUCGGACGAUAAGGAUCUCCUCAAACAAAGGAAGAAGCCAUACGAAGUCGAAUACAAGGUCCUUGACCCCUCCGAUAUCGACCAUGAGCAGCUUGGUCAGGUCAACGAGGUUUGCGCCAUCCUUGGGCUACCGCCAGAGUCGGCGGCCAUCUUGCUGCGAUUCGGACGGUGGAAUAAGGAGAAGUUGAUCGAAUCAUACAUGGAGCAGCCUGAGAAGACUCUUGAGCAGGCGGGUCUUGGGUUGGGCUCUGAGUGGACUCCAAAAACUGAGAUUAUCCCUGGCUUUACUUGUGACAUCUGCUGUGAGGACGGAGAUGACCUCGAAACGUACGCCAUGCGCUGUGGCCACCGGUUCUGCGCCGAUUGUUAUCGGCAAUAUCUGGGACAGAAGAUCAAGGAGGAAGGAGAGGCUGCUCGGAUUCAGUGUCCAGGCAAUGGCUGUAAUCGCAUCGUGGACUACAAGUCGCUGGAUUUGCUCGUAGCACCGGAUCUACAAGGAAGAUAUCGCGAACUUCUUACUCGGACCUACGUCGAUGACAAGGAGAACCUCAAGUGGUGUCCAGCUCCAAAUUGCGAAUAUGCCAUUGACUGCGGGGUGAAGAAUCGCGACCUCCGUCGCAUUGUCCCAACAGUACAAUGUGCCUGCAAGCACGAGUUCUGUUUCGGCUGUUCGCUCAACGAUCACCAACCCGCUCCAUGCAAGCUGGUCAAGAUGUGGCUGCAGAAGUGCGAAGAUGACUCAGAAACGGCCAACUGGAUCUCUGCCAAUACCAAGGAGUGUGCAAAGUGUAAUUCGACCAUCGAGAAGAACGGGGGUUGUAACCAUAUGACUUGCCGCAAGUGCAAAUACGAAUUCUGCUGGAUGUGUAUGGGCCUGUGGUCUGAGCAUGGCACCAGCUGGUACAAUUGCAAUCGGUACGAAGAGAAGUCCGGUGCAGAUGCUCGCUCUGCUCAAGCCAAAUCACGUUCGUCCCUAGAACGCUACUUGCAUUACUACAACCGAUAUGCAAACCAUGAGCAGUCUGCCAAGCUUGACAAGGAUUUGUACUUGAAGACUGAGAGGAAAAUGACCAGCCUCCAGUCACAAUCCGGUCUCUCGUGGAUUGAGGUGCAAUUCCUCGAUACCGCGUCGCAGGCACUGCAGCAGUGUCGCCAAACUCUGAAGUGGACAUAUGCAUUUGCAUUUUAUUUGGCGCGCAACAACCUGACGGAAAUUUUCGAAGAUAAUCAGAAGGACCUGGAGUUGGCUGUCGAAAGUCUCAGCGAGAUGUUCGAGAAGCCCGUUGGUGAGCUUGCAGAUCUCAAGGUCGAUAUCCUCGACAAGACCGCUUAUUGCAACAAGCGCCGAGUUAUCUUACUGAGUGACACCGCCGAGAACUUGAAGCGUGGAGAGUGGUCAUUCAACGUUGAGUGGUAA